GGAAGUGAGGAGGAGAAGAGAGGCUGUAGCAUCACGACCAGAGGGGACUCACUGUUCCUAAUCCGCAUUUCUCCAAAAACAUCAGUAUCUGCUCUUAGUUUCAGCAAUCUGCUAGUUUGUCGCCCCCUAAAAAACAGCUACUUCUCCCCGCGGAGGGGAAGGGGAGACGUGCAUUUCCGCCGUCGUUAACUACUAUACAAGCUUCGUUUUGUAUGUUUUGGAAAGUUUUCUUUAGUUUUUUCUUCUAAGGUUAGUUGGUCGAGCUUUUUCUUUUUUUUUUUUUUAGCAGUAGCCCUAGUCACGUUGAGACAGCAGCGGGGUCCCCGGCAUGAAUCCCGGCGUCAGCAUGAGCCAGGCAGGGGGGUUUGAGUGGAGCUGCCAGGGCGGCCAGAGCCAGCUCUGUAGUUAGUUAGACCCACGGGUGGAGCGGGUUAGCGGGUUGUCAAGCCCGAGCUCGGGCCGUCAGCUGUCUUUGUGCCCGACUCCAUGGACGCGUACAGGAGGGCGCUAACAAAGCAGCGCUUUGUUGUUGGAUAGGGGGGGUUGGGGGGGGCCACACCAGCCUCACAGCUGAUUUUAUUGCUUAGCUAAUACAGCAGGGUCUCGGCCACAAAGGGGGUCCAGACACCGGGGUGCUUGUCACGACUGAGAGGAGCAGGAGACCCAGCAGGAGAGCAGGAGACCCCCCCUAAGCCAGCCCGAUGACACUGGACAACAUGAAGUCUGAACGAGAUGCAACGGAGGAGUUUUUUGAGUAUGACGCCGAGGAGUUCCUGGUGUUCCUGACCUUGCUCAUCACAGAGGAAGAACACCGGAGUAUUCGGUGAAGGGCAGGACUGAGGGGCUGCACUGCCCGCCGGCACAGUCGGCCAUGCCUCCUCUCCACAAGCACGAAUGCAGCGACAAACUGCCCCAGUGUCGUCAGGCGAGGCGAACCCGGUCUGAGGUGAUCCUGCUUUGGAGGAACAGCAUCCCCAUCAUGAUCGAGGUCAUGCUCCUGCCAGACUGUUGCUAUGGCGACGAGUGCCCCCCAAGUGACCCCAUCAGUGACCCGAUCAUCAAACAAGACGCUCUGCUGCUGGAGAGGUGGACCCUGCAACCGGUUCCAAGACAGAGUGGGGAUCGGUUCAUCGAGGAGAAAACCCUGCUACUGGCUGUGCGCUCCUACGUCUUCUUCUCCCAGCUCAGCGCCUGGCUCAGUGCCUCGCAUGGCAUUGUCCCCAGAAACAUCCUGUACAGGAUCAGUGCAGCUGAUGAAGACCUGGUGUGGCAGUUCUCUCAGCCGCCAUCCGAGCACAUUUUCCCCGUCCCCAACGUAUCACAGAGUGUCGCGCUGCAGGUUCGUGUCCAGUCGCUCCCUCGGCAACCCACGUAUCCCGCCUUGGCCUGCAGUAUCCACACCGGCCUGCCGCCGCUGUACAGCAAGAACCCCGGCCUCGGCCCCAACCUGAACAGCCAUGGUGGCCUGCCCACCCUCAAGAAGAGCCAGGACCCCAGCAAAGACAACCCCCACCACAACUCCAACAUGUACAACAAGAGCCCCAACGCCUCGUCCGGUCUCCUCCUCAACGGCUUACCCAUCCCUAACCUGCCCAUCAACAACAUCCCCGUCAACAGCGUUCCCCACACCGCCGUGUCACUGCCGCAUCCGUACAGCAAGAAGAGCCAGGAGCCCGCCGAGAACCACACGUAUCAGAACGGAGAGCUUCCCCAGGUCAACAUGGCCCCACGUCAGGGCUCGCCGCUGUUCCAGAAGUCUCCUCACUCCCCGACGCCGCCCCGCUCUCAUUCCCCCUCCCCACUGCCCACGAGCAAAGCAGGGAAGUGGUUGUACUCUGCCCUUAAUGGUUUAUCUGACCCCACGCAAGUGGAGGACUACGGUCCCGGUACCAACAGCAGCGAUCGGUCCGUGGGUCCCAACGCCGACCCCUUAAAGGGUUUUAAGCAUUUGUCCAUGGCCGAGCCGCCGCGCUGCCCCUCCCCGAGGCCGGCGGCCACCGAGACCAACCCCCUGAUCGGCUCCCUGCUGCACGAGAGACAGGAAGUUAUAGCCCGCAUCGCACAGAGGCUCAACUUCUGCGACCCGACAGCACCGCCCAUUCCUCCCGGCCUGUUCGGCUCCGACAACCCUCCCAAAGCCAUGUGGGGCAGUAACCACGACAACGUAGCUGCCAGUAAGACCAAAGAGGCCGAAGCACCGCCCUACGACCCCGCGGGGUGCGUGUGGCCCACCCGUAUCAGCACACCUGUCAGCGAAACCUCCUUCGUCAAGCGGGAGAGCUCCUCCCCUAAACCUGCAGCCUGCAGGAAGCUGAAGAUGACGGAUACAAGAGACGGAGAGGAUGAGAGGAGUGAAGCCAAGGAGAAAGACGGGGGGAGGGAGAAAGGCAGGGAGAAAGAAAGAGACGGCUCCCUCAUCGCUCAGGCCGUGCAAGACAUCACCAGGCUGAUCCAGGAGAGGCUGUCCGUCCCCUCUCUGUCCCCUCGGCACAGCAGAAACGGCAGCCCUCUGCACCACGUACACACCACGACGGUCACACACACAGUCCGCACGUACACCCACACCCAACACAUCCCACACGCAUCACACACUGCCAGCAACGGUUACAGCAACGGCCACACACCCAAUCACAAACCUCACAGAGGCAGCACGCACAACGCCGCCUCACACACGCCUGUUUGCACAGACAAGCCCCAAGUCGGACCAGGAACCGAACGCCAUUCAACCCAGGCCCAGAACGGGGCUCAGUUUACACUUGAAGAACCUUCAUUCAACGGCCAGCCCCACUUCCAGGCCGACCAACGUUUACGAACUUCCCCGCAGGAAAAACUCAGAGUCAGGACCCCCAGCAGCCAUGAAACCCCUUCGACCUCCCCGCUCCUCGAGAACAGUCCCAGAAACACCCAGAUAUUUAGCUGGGAUUGCAAUUACGCCAGCCGAACCACAAACUGUAACAGAAGCCACGACCACAGCAAGCCUCCGCCUCAGUCCCACAUGCAGAUGCAGAUGCAGAACUGUGCGCAAUCCCAGGCUUCAGCUUUCCGAGAUGAGAACAGGGCGCCGUCGGAGUCUGGAUGCACCAGCACAUCCGGGCCGGGCGUGGCUCCAUCUCCUACUGCCCACCGUCCUCACAGUCCCUCCCCUUUGCGUCCCUGCAACAGCUGGAGGAAACAGAACCGCCACUCAUUAGAUGCCACAGCAACCAAGGCCUUCCACCCCUGCACUGGCCUGCCUCUGCUCUCCAGCCCUGUUCCUCAGAGGAAGAAUCAAACAGGUUACUUUGACCUGGACACCUCUCUGACUGGCUGUAAGGGUUUGCCUUGGGCCUCUGGGAAAAGGGUGUGUCUGAAGAGAGAUGGAGGUUUUACAGAUGAGGCUCAGCAGCUGUUCAGUACCAGUGCUCCACCUGCCAGCCUGCUGGGAAACUUUGAGGAAUGUGUGCUGAACUACCGGCUAGAGCCUUUAGGGACGGUGGACGGUUUCACCGCAGAGGUGGGAGCCAGCGGAUCCUUCUGCCCAAGUCACCUGACCCUACCUGUGGACGUGCUGUUCUACAGCGUCUCUGACGACAACGCUCCCUCACCAUAUAUGGGUGUGAUAAACCUGGAGUCCCUGGGGAAAAGGGGCUACCGUGUACCUCCAUCAGGAACCAUCCAAGUGACCUUAUUCAACCCUAACAAGACGGUGGUAAAGAUGUUUGUUGUGAUGUAUGACCUACGAGGCUUGCCAGCCGGACAUCAGACCUUCCUUCGCCAGAGAACUUUCUCUGUUCCCAGUCGCCGUGACACAAACAAUCAGACCAGCAAGAAGCCCCAUGCUCUGGGCCAAGUCCGCACCCUGCGCUACCUCGUUCAUCUGAGGUUCCAGAGCUCUAAGUCUGGGAAGAUCUACCUCCAUCGGGACAUCCGCCUGCUGUUCUCCAGGAAGUCCAUGGAGGUGGACAGCGGCGCUGCCUACGAGCUGCAGUCCUUCACAGAGUCCCCGAUCGACCCGCCGUUCUCACCCCGCUCUUGAAGUCUGAUGCCCCCCCCUUCCAUCUGGCAGACCACUACUGAAGCUUCAGUUACACCUCCAUGCCAGCAAUAGACUCUUAUCCAGUCCAGUUGCCCGUGGCUUGUAUUUGAAAAGAGAUGAGCUUUAAGGACAACAGUCAGCGAGACACUCCGGGGCCUGUGUCCAGAAACUCACGGUCCAUCCCUUGUGUCACACAAAACUGACAAAAGGGGGGUAGGGGUGGCCAAGAACCUGAGAGACUCAUCAGAAACAGACCUUGUUCUCUGUAAAGUGCACAACCUUGGACCGUAGGGACUGGGUGAAAGGUUACAGUUACUGGAAGAGUUUAAAUCUUAUAAUCCUGGUUAGCAGAAUGAAUAGGUAAUUCUUUUUCAUGCUGUUUUUGUCUAUCCCCUCCAGCGUCUGGCAGGAGAGUAGAAACCAGUGAUUUGUCUUCUAGAGAGUCAGAAUCUUCAAAUUUAUUCAGUUUAGUUCAGGCUAUUUUACUCUACUGGCUCUAAUUCAGAAUGUUAAUUGGACUUCAGAAUUGCUAAAUCUCUAUGACUUUCUUUCUGAUUGAGUAGAAAGGACAGAUUUUGGUAAGAUUUUUCUUUGAAUAUUAGAUUAAAAACCAAACUCUGUUGCCUGACCCUGUGAUUCCUGAGCUUGGCGCCAAGGAACUGUACAAGGAAGAGGAACCGGGUGACAGAACGUGGUGCAACACGAUGCCAUGGACCUACUGAAGAACAAGCUAUCACAAUAGAUCGACCUGAGAACAUUACAGUAUAACAUCAGAAGUGCACUGUGGAUUUUUUUUCUCUCAUAACUGGAAAUGAAACAGAAAAUAGUCAUAUUCUAAUACUUUUGUACUGUUACAAAACCACUUUAUCGGAAGUGUUGCAAUCGAAAGAGUAACGUUAGUUUAGUGUUUACACAUUCACUUUCAGUUUACCUAUCAGUUUAUUUAAUAUUUAAAUUAAUAUUUCAGUUACUACUUGUGACGUCUGUCAUGCUAAGAUGAUGUAGUGAAAACUGUAUAUCAUAGUAUGUAUUUUUGACAUUAAUAUUCAAAUCUGAAGAAAUAUAUCUAUAUCUUCUAAA